AUGGGCUACAUCCCACAGCAUGCGCUGGAGAAUCUGCGAAAAUACUCAUACAAGGGAGUAGAUAAGUGCGUCCCUCGUCUCGCGAUACCUCCUUCAGCCGUUCUGGAACUGGUUCGUGACGCUCUGGCCGACGUCGGUGGCCCCGAAUACAGCUUGUCUCUAGUAUUAAUCAACUUUGCGACGUUGUUGUAUUUCGACCCGGCAUACCUGACAGACCAGGAGGGAGCGGGGCCCCCGAGAUGGGUGUACUUUACAUGGGCUUUGGGCCUAUUCUUCUACCAAACGUUUGAUGCGAUAGAUGGGAAGCAAGCAAGACGAACCGGCAUGGCGGGCCCUCUGGGAGAGAUGUUUGACCAUGGAUGCGACGCAUUGAACACCACUCUCGAAGCAAUUCUCACGUGUCGCGCGCUCAACCUCGGGCGUUCAUGGUGGACGAUCGCUUCGCAAUGCGCGACCCUUGCGAACUUCUAUCUCUCGACGUGGGAGGAGUACCACACAGGGCAGCUGUUCCUGGGAUACUUCUCGGGACCUGUGGAGGGUAUCCUCAUGAUCGUUGGUAUUUACUUCAUCUCCGGCGUGUUUGGUGCGACGGUCUGGGAUCAGCGCUUCCUGGACGUCACUCGGUUGAGGAACGUGCCAGCGAUUGAGCAGCGGAUACCAGACAUCGCUCUGAACGAGGCGUUCAUGGUGUUCGGCGCGUUUGGUCUUGCGUUCAAUAUUGUUGUCAGCUACAUCAACGUCGUCAAGCAUCGUCUCUCCACCAAGCAAAACCCACUGACCCCGCUCAUCUACCUGCUGCCUUUCCCCGUCUCAGUACUGGCGGAGUUCGCCUGGCUAUCUGCGCCCUCCUUCAAGGAGUCGGCGAUCCUGCACUCACCGAUGGUCAUCCCGUUCAUGUGUUCGUGGGGCCUGCAAUUCGCGCACCAAGUGAGCAGGAUGAUCCUGGCCCAUGUGACGAAGCAGCCGUUCCCGUGGUGGGAUUCGAUGUGGAUUUGGAGCAUCGUCGGUGCGGUGGAUGCGAAUCUACCGGUAUUGCUCGAUCGGGAGCCGCUCAUACAGAAUUCGCGACGCAACGCGGCGAUCUUCGUAUACCUCACUCUUGCAGUGUCCUUCCUCUCGUACGCAAGAUUCUGCACCCUGGUCAUCCGGGAUAUCACGAACUACCUGGGCAUCGCGUGCUUCACAGUGCGCAAGAAGGACAGGAGCGGCGAGUGGGUCGAGGCGUCCGCGGUGGAUGCGAAGAAGCACUGA